AUGCCGGCGCUGGCUCGGACAGUGCUUCGCACGGCGUUGUCGAAGGUUCUCCACCUGCAUCGAGAGCGUCCGCUGCAGCACUGCCGCCGUUUCGGCGCACUAACCUCGAAACCGUACGCGUUUCGUGCUCGACCCUGGGAACUGAAAAGCACCGAAUCGAUCGAUGUAUUCGACGGUGUUGGUUCGAACAUUCGCAUUGAUGCGGUUGGUACGGAAGUCCGUCGUAUUUUACCGCGCUUGAACGAGGAGGUGAAUGAAGAGUGGAUCAGUGACAAGACGCGUUUCGCCUACGACGGCCUGAAACGGCAGCGCUUGACGGUUCCGAUGGUGCGGAUACACACUGGUGAAGCGAACGAACAACUUGUCGGUGUGGACUGGUACAAAGCAAGGGCUAUCCUAGUCAACAAGCUGGUGUCGGCCAUUCGGGAGGCCGCCACCCCAGCAACAACUCAGCGAUCUGCGUUCGAGGCCCAUGCCAUUAUCGGGCCCUAUGCAGAUUGCGAAAGCAUAGCAGCGCUACGGCGCAUCUUUUACAGCAUGUUUCCUGAGGGUACCGCUUUUGUCCAUGUUCAGGGACACGCGAAUACGGGUACACCGCCGACGGACUUUCGCUACGCCUACUGUGCGAAUACAACGCUAGCUGGUUUGGAACACGCCGAUGUCAUCCUUCUGGUGGCAACGAACCCGCGAGUGGAGGCGCCGCUCCUGAAUAAUCGUAUCCGGAAAGCGGUCUUAUUUGGGAAUGCUCGAGUUGGCCUGAUCGGCUGCCAUGCCGACCUAACGUACAAUCGUGAACACCUCUGGCAUCUCGGGACCAGUCCCGCAACGCUUCUGCGGAUCGCCCAAGGUCGUCAUGCUUUUUGCUCUGUUUUGGCCAAAGCGCAGCGACCGGCGAUUAUCGUGAGCCAACAGGCGUUCCAGAGACAUGACGGGGCGGCUAUUUUUGGCUGCCUCGCAACGUUGGUGGACCACGUCCCGCGACUUGUGCCCCGGGAUGGCUCGUGGAAUGGCCUGAACGUACUUCACACUGCCGCGAAUACCGUUGGGGCGCUCGACCUUGGCUUUGAUCAUACGCUGAAAGGAAACCGCUGGAUUGAUCAGUCCGGGGCGCAACAAACCAGCGAACAGCCCUGGGCGCGUGCCAAGCUGCUCUAUCUGCUGGGUGCCGAUGAUAUCGAUGGACUCGAGGAGCUCCCCGAGACCUGCUACGUGGUGUAUCAGGGGCAUCACGGAGACUAUGGAGCAAGCAUCGCUGACCUGAUCCUACCCGGUGCUGCGUAUACCGAGAAGAACGGCACGUUUGUGAACACAGAGGGUCGUGUCCAGCGCACGGCACGCGCGUUCCUGCCUCCUGGCCAGGCCAAAGUCGACGCGGAAAUUCUCGAUGAGCUCUUGGUAGGUCUGGAUCACGCUGCCGGAUUUUUCGAUGCAGCACAGGAAAUGGAAUUCCUGGCUCCUCAUCUGGGUGUCCAGUAUGGUUUACAGGAACCGGAUCUCAUUAGAACACCAAACACGGGACAGGUGCAGCUAGGCGGUGCGAAAGCAGAGCGCGCUCGUUCGUUGCCGCUGUCACCCAUGCCGUUUGGACCGGUUAUUGAGAAUUUUUACAUGACAGAUCCGAUUACCAGAGCGAGUGCUACGAUGGCGAAAUGCGUGCGUGUUGCUCGCUAUAGUAAUUUUGAGGAAUCCAGUUCGUAA